AUGGCAAAGGCGAAUAAAAGGCUGAAGAAGUCCCGCCAGCCAGCCCGCCCAGCAAGAGCCCAGCAGCCAAAGAACGCAGACGAACGGCCCUCAACUGCCCUUUUCCUGUGCGUGCUUGCGCUGUGUCGAAGGGGACGAGGGUUCACGGCUCCAGCUGUCCAGCCUAUCACGGCCGGCAAGUCCCCUCCACCGCUGCGGCCCAGGAUGCAGGAGGCCAUGCGGAUCAUGAAAGAUGGAGCCAGGAACAGGCUUGGUCGAGUGGGUGAGCCCUCGAGCUGCCACGGGCCAACCAGCAUAGGAAUAAUCAUAAUAACUUAA